CGUGCACGGGACCCUGCGGUUAAACUGCCCCUGGUGCAGGAGCUUCUCGACUUCCCUAGGGCAGGAGGGACGGAUUGCGCUGGGUCCCCAGGCUCCGCCAAGCCCGGCAGAGCAGCAAGCACAGCCCUCCGGUGGGGCUGGUGGCCGCUCGUUCGCAGCCUCUGGGGAGCAGGCUGCCUCUCGGCAGUGCCUCCCCAGCGCCGUGCUGGUACCGCAGUGUAGUGGGAAGCAGUGACUGCGCAUGCCGGGGGGUUAAACCUUGGAAUGGCUGGGCAAUAAACGCUCUGUUUGGCUCUAGAAGUCAGAGCGCGUGUUAAGGUGCAAGUUUUCGAAAAGUUUCCGCAGUGGGCUCUUCCCGGCCACUCGCUGGGCAGACAGGCGCCUCUGUUUACGCAAUCGUCCGCCGUCGGCCCCUCGUGGGCUGGGAUUUACUCUGCUGUGUUUCAGCACUCAGGGACUGUCCUAUGCCGCCGCGCUGGAGAUAAGAAGGGGGGCGGGAGAGGAAGGGCCAUGGGAGUCCUAGGAGUGCGCUCCUCCAUGCAGCAGCCGCGCGCUCUCCACCGGUGUAGGCUACGGUGACGUUUAAGAAUGCCCGUCCUCUGGAUCGGUGCAAGGAACGCGAGUCCCCCUGGGCUGCGCACUUCGGCGUCAGCACUGGCUGGACUGUAAAACGUGAAGGCAGCAUGAAGUACUUUGACUCAUGUAGCUUUCGGGCGGCUGAGCGGCUCUCUAGUCGGCACUGCAGGCGAGAAUAAAGUUGCUGCUGUCAGGAGGGCAAGUAAAAGGCAGAUUGUGCCAUCUCCUCAACUGGUGCAAAUCCUCUGACUUCACCUGAGCUCUGCCAAUUUACACCAGUUGGGAAUCUGGUCCAUUUUAAAAUCUAAGGAGGUAGUGGGAGGAAGGGAGGAAACAAGGCACCCUGAUUACAUAAUGUGCAAAGUAGCCUCUUUGCUCUUCCCCUGUAGUAUUUCUGAUUUCACCCCCGUGACUCUCCCUUCCCCCACCCCCAUUUUUCUCUUUCAGUGAAAUAGGAGUCCCCCCAAAGUGGAUCAUUUCUUUUCUUCUGCUCAUUCACCCUCCAGUUCAGACUUGCAAUGAGCGGACUGAAGUCUCCUGUGCUGCUGGGGCUGGUGCUCUUAAUGCUGUCAGCAGGUUAUUGUAAAGAGAGAACUGACUCCAUAGACCUAAAAGACAGGCAAAGCCUCUUCAAUCUCAUCAUGGAGAUUAUUCAGGAACUGAAAAGGCACCACAUGGAAAAGGACAACGAGGUGCAAUACUUCUCCAACCACGACUAUACUUUAGACCGAAGAGAAGUAGCUGAUUAUGGAGAGUACCAGGACGAGCAGAGAGCUGAAAUAGUUCCUAGAGAUUUGAGGAUGAAAGACAAGUUUUUAAAGCAUUUAACAGGUCCUCUCUAUUUUAGUCCAAAAUGCAGUAAACACUUUCAUCGGCUUUAUCACAAUACAAGAGACUGCACCAUCCCAGCUUACUAUAAAAGAUGUGCCAGGCUUCUUACUCGGUUGGCAGUAAGUCCCAUGUGCAUGGAAGGAUAAGAUACUACCAUACAGAAAAGAAACACCAAGAAAAAGGAGAAGUGCCUUGGAAACCAACAGGGAAAUAGAACUUAAUACCUUUAUAACAUAUUCCAUUGUGAACAAGAGGAUUUAUUUUUGCAGAUUGACAGACUAUUUCCCAUAAUUCUUUUAACGUGUUUUGUAUGUUUUCAACAGUUUGCAGAUCUACAUCCUUUACAGUAGUAAAACUGCCAAUAGUACUUCCUGCUCCAUACUUAAAAGUACACUCCACAUUUGAUGUGUAGUGCUGCCAAAAAUUACAUGAACAUGUACCCUUCACCAAGAAAUUAAUGUUCUGUUGCUGAAUUCUGAGACUUGGAGGGAUGUUUAUAUACCCUGAACUCUUAAUCUGCUCCACAGCAGUGGUUUUCACUUGAUAUUCUUCAGGAUUAUGCAAUUAAAAGAGAGUUUGGAUAAAACAAACAUUUAAAAAUUUCAGUGUUGGAGGGGUCACAUUGUACCCUUGGAGUGCAAAUUACAUGACAAAUACAAAACACAAUUCCAAGUGAACAAGUUUUCUCAAGACAAAAGAGUGUGAAUUUUGUGCGUACACACACACA